AGAAAAGUUGCAAGUUUUUAUGUCCCACAAUUGGAUUUACAUUUAGUGUGCCCUUCUUCAGCUCCAUUUCAGUUUGGGGUGUCUAGUCUUGGGCAGCAAGAAAAGAAAGAAGAACCGCCUAAAGCUCCAUCUGCAGCCUUUAGCUUCGAUUCAGGUGUCAUUAACCCUCCCCCUGCUGCUGCUGACACCACAGCGACCUCUGAGAGCCAGAGCAGCUUCAGCUUUGGAACCACGGACACCAAGAGCGCCUCAGUGGCUCCUUUCACGUGUCAGACGUCAGAAGCAAAAAAAGAAGAAUCCCCUGCCUCCAAAGGAGGGUUCACUUUUGGCAGCGCGGACCCUGCCCCCCUGCCACCUGCCUCGUUUGUUCUGGGAAGGACAGAAGAGAAACAGCAAGAGCCUGUCACGUCUAUAUCUCUAGUGUUGGGGAAAAAAGCAGACAGUGAAGAGCCAAAGCGUCCACCAGUGUUUUCCUUUGGGAACUCAGAGCAAACCAAAGACGAGGGUUCUUCCAAGUCAACCUUUAGUUUCAGUUUGGCAAAACCACCUGAGAAGGAAUCUGAACAGCCAACGAAGGCCACUUUUGCUUUUGGAGCUCGAACCAGUACUACGGCUGAUCAAGGUACAGCAAAGCCAGUUUUUAGUUUCUUGAACAACAGUUCCUCUAAUUCAAGUACACCAGCCACUUCAGCUGCUGGUGGCAUAUUUGGUAGUUCCACCGCGUCCUCCAGCGCGCCUGCGGCUGCCUCUGUGUUUGGACAGGCCAGCAGUCCUGUGAGCAGCUCUGCCUUUGGGGACUCUGCCGAAUCCGGUACAUCUCAGUCUUUGCUGUUUUCUCGAGAGAGCAAACCAGCAACCACGUCGAGCGCGGGCACAGCUGUCGCCCCAUUUGUCUUUGGUCCGGGUGCCAGCAGCAGUGACACUGCCGCCUCUGGUUUCAGCUUUGGAGCUCCCACCACAUCGAGUUCUGCAGGACCCUCCUUUGUAUUUGGCACUGGACCUUCGGCACCAUCUGCCAGUCCAGCGUUCGGUGCUAACCAGACCCCAACGUUUGCACAAAGUCAGGGUGCCAGCCAGCCUAACCCCCCACGCUUUGGAUCUGUAUCAUCUUCAGCAGCACUGUUUUCUGCUGCUUCUCAGCCUGCGCCACCUACUUUUGGGACAGUGUCAAGCAGUAGCCAGCCUCCCGUGUUUGGACAGCAGCCUGGUCAGUCUGCAUUUGGCUCUGGGACAGCUCCUAACUCCAGUUCUGUUCUCCAGUUUGGCAGCAGCGCUACAAAUCUCAACUUCACAAAAAAUAAUGCAUCAGGAGUGUUCACGAUCGGUGCAAAUGCCAGCACACCUGCAGCCUCAGCCCAGCCCUCUGGCUCGAGGGGCUUUCAGUUUAGCCAGUCUCCAUCGGCGUUUACUGUGUGGUCAAGUGGGAAAAACUCAUUCUCUUCUUCUGCAACUUCAGUUUCUGGUCGCAAGAUAAAGACUGCUGUUAGACGCAGGAAAUAAAGGUCUUGAUGGUGUUCUAUACACUGUUUAAACAACAGCUGGUGCCCUACUUUCAGAUUCUGGAUUGUACUAUGUGCUGGGUUAUCUGAAGUCAGAUCUUUAAUUUUGGAAUUUUCCUCCUUUUUUCUUUACAGAAGCCCCAACUUCACCUCUCCCACUCCCUUUCAAAAAAAUAAUAGCUAGACUGGUG